AUGCCAGUCUAUUUGACUCUUCUCGGUGGUCCACCGUGGGGUAUGAGGCUCGGCAAUGAUCAAGAACUUCGUCCUAUAAUAGCUAGGACACUAACGAACGGUCGAGCUGCCAUGGAGGGUGUAAAACCAGGAGAUGUUUUGCAAUCUGUGAACAAUAUCCCAGUAUUCACUUGCAAGCAAGCUCAUGCGGUCAUACAAAAAGCUCAAGGAAAACUGAAGCUUGGGAUUGCUAAAACAUCUGCCAACAGCACACCAAUGCGGGCAAAUCGAGAGGACAUUAAUAAUGAAUUUGUGACGCCACAAAAUGCUACUAACUUCGCAAAAGUGAGAAACUAUCGCUUAGAUUUGGAAGCUGCACGAGGAGGUAAUACAAAGCAAAAACGUCGUUUCUUCGAGGAACAAAUCGCGAAGAACAGUGUAACAGAUCGGCUGCUUCAGAGAAAAAUACAACUCGGCAUGCUUCAUAACGAAGCACCUAGCGAAAGCACUACUGGUUACGAUAGUGUUGGAGCGGAUUUUGCUGGAGGAAGAAGCUAUACCACUAGCUCGAUGACUUCAACCAGCCCGGAUCCAUCAAUAGACAACGACGAGAUUACGAUCGCGGAGAAUCUAACGAACUAUAGAAGAGCUCUACCUACCUCGAACACAUCUUCACCACAAGCGCCGAUAAUGUCGACGGACGAGAACAAUCGAAGUGAAACCGUGAUCCCCGAUAGGAUGAGCGUCGCAGAUCUUCGUCGUCAAAUCACUUCACGCUUGGAAAUGAAGUCUCCGUCGUCAAUAUCUGGUCCUUCAAGAACUGAAGCCUCGAACUCACCCGUUCCUGGCCGAAAAUUCUCGAGCGACUGUGUGAAAGUCCACGAAGGUUUCGAUCAGGAGAACAAGAAGCCCUAUUUUGGCAGAGUCAUUGACGGACCGGUCCCGGCACACAAGUACUUUCAAGGGGUCAUGCCUCCCAGUGCAAUAUGUUCAUCACCAGUGCAAAACUCAACCCCGGACACAAAACCGCCAACACCAGCGAAAACCUCAAAACGAAACUCAUUCCUCAAUCGCAUGGCCAGGGAGCCUUCGCCUGUGGAUGUCCCAUCCCCAGCUCCCAUCCAGGAGAUUACUGAACCUCCACCCAGCUAUAGUGAACAACCACCUACUCCUGGCUAUUUGCCAAAAGCAGAGGAAUGUACAACUCAAGCAAUUCCCGAUCUGGAGCCGAAUCACAUGGGAAAUAUCUCUGUCCUUACCCGCAAUCCUCCAUUCUCUACCCUAAGAAGGUCACCGUUUACCGAGAAGAGUUUUGACACAGUUUUCAACAUGACACCAAGGUCUACUUAUGAGAAUUCUGGUACAAUGGAGGGUAACAACGAUAGGCAAGAAAGCGGUGAUACGAUACCUAAAGAGCCGGAUCCUGCAACGAUUCAAGGUUAUGGUAUGACAGGCCCUGCAACGACUGAUGGUUACGGUGUGACAGGUCUCGCAACGAACAAACGUUACGAUGUGGCAGGUCCUGCAACGAACACAGGUUACGGUAUGACGGAUGGUACCAGCUACGAAAAUCCAAGGUCUGCCGGUUUUACGCAAAAGAAUGAAUAUUUCCCUGAAAAACCCGACGAUGCUAGACCAAUCGAACCAAGUGUUUAUUUUGCUGGAAAUCACGACGCGAUGGAUAUAGAACUUCCUUCUGUACCCAAACCUUUUAUUCCCCCGGGGGAAUAUGAUAAUGCUCAAGCCACGACGACCCCCUCCACUCCGGGUUACCCAUACCAUCCUUUGGGACUUGACGACUUUAAGCCCUCAUUUGAGACGCGACCAUCUGAAUAUAAUGAAUCGAAACCUAUCGCCAACGUCGAUGGGGACUAUAAGCCCUAUCUUGAUGGUCCGAAGCCACGACCCCUUGUCCUGGAAAACCCGGAAAGAUACGAAAGCACGAGCAAACUUGCGAACAGCAUAGCAGAACUUAGCAGAAAUCUUUCUGAAGGCUAUAAUGAUCCUCCCUUGGCAAGUUCGGCUAUGGAAAAAGGCAUCCUUCCUUUCGGGACCCGUCAGGAGGAGAAUACGAUAAAUGAUGUUAUUGGAACUAAUAGGAAGACUGGGGAAAGUUAUGGAAAUUUCAUCUCCUCCACUGUCCGACCUGAUGCUCAGAAUCAAUCUUAUGGAAGAUAUGAAGACUAUAAAGCCAACGACAAUUCAGCGUACGAAAAUUUUCCUCGAAACGAAGCGCUGCAAUCGCCUGAAGAAAAUUCUGGCAUGCUGCUUAUGAAGAAAGAGGCUGAAACAAACUUUCCAAACUUCGAACCAAGCAGAAAUUACGAAAAUUCGAAUUCUGCAGCCAUUCAGCCACUCACUCCGAGCCAGCCGAGGGGAAAUUAUGAAGAUUUCAAAGCUAUCAAUAAUGGGACAUUUUUCCGGAAUGAUUCCCUUCAGUCUCCUGGAGAACCUCGUGGAAUGCCUUUGUAUAAGGCAGCUACCCUCACUUCUGAGUACAACUUUAACCCGAGCAAUUCUUCCAAGGUUGAAAAUAUAAUUCGUCACUACAGUGGUCCCACCACCAACGAACUUGGACAUACCGCAGCGGCCCCCGAUAGAUUUGGGGAAUUCCCGUCAAUAAAUAGGCCUUCUGACCUAGCAACAUAUCCAAGAAGAUAUGAAGAAUACGAACCAGCUAAAACUCUAGGAGAAGUUGGGAGAAUUCCUAGCGAAAGAUAUGGAGACGUCAAGUCAACGAAUGACGUGAUUGGAAGCAAACAUCCUUCAGACAGCGAAAAUCGAAUGCCCGACUUGCUGAAGUCACGAAGCCCGGCUCCGUUCUCGUUGUCCACUUCGCCAAACGAUCGAGCGCUUCCGCCAUUGUCUGGAAGCGCCGUGAACCACGAUGAGAUGAGCGCUUCGUUCACAGAAGUGCUGGCCUCAUUGAAUCGUUCGCUGCCCCUAUCAAAUGUUUCGAAUGUAACCAGCGACAGUGGCUACGAUGCAAGGGAGGAACGGGCUCCUACGGAAAAUUUGCGCUUGGACGGACAGCCUGCUUCUUCAGACAAUGGCCAGUCAACCGCGUCGUUCCUGACUGCGCAAGAAGCACUCAUCGACGACCGUUCGCCAUCUUCGGCCGUUCCGCCGAGCACUUCCGACACGGAGAUCCGCAUCGAGAGCCGCGACAGUCUGCUAAGCGGAUCGGAUGGUGCCGGCGGCGUUGGCGCCGCCCCGGUCGGCAGCACAGCCGCAGCCGACGCGAUGUUCGACCGCGGCGGUUUCCAGGCCGGUCCGUCGCAGCAGAAAGACGAGAUGUCGCUUUGGUACAGGAACAUGUACAAGAAAAUGCACAAAAUCGAUGAUUCUGAAGACAGUUCCGUGUUGCGCCAUCGUUUGAGAGAAGGCUCACCUGCUUCUACAAUAAGUCGUCCACUAACUCCGUUGUUACAUCGAGCACCGAGUCCUUCUCGUUAUGAAUGCGAAGUGACACCGAGAAGGGCCAGAUCUGUCGGACGAGUUGUCGAGCCGGAAAUGCAACCUGCUCGCAACAGCCCUAACCAGUACGCAUGCGAAAGAGCGCGGACUCCGCACUUUCACUUGCCCAGCUACAAAUUCGCCCACGAAGAUCCACGACCUCUGUUUGUCGAGUGUGGUUCAACGAACGGCGGCAUGAAAUGUUUACGUUGCGGUCUUCCACGAAGGGAUCCGUCGUGGAAAGAAAUCGACGACAUCUUCGAGUCGCUCACAGCCUCAGAUCGAAAACAGCUCAAACGAACGCAAGAGAUACAGUCUAGGGUCGCUCUGCGAUGCAUCACAGAGAAUCUGGAUGCCACUGCUGCCGAGCUUUCGCUGUUUUUACAACGACUCGAACAGUACUGGAAACGAUCCACAAGCUCUCCACAGCUCAACAAUUGCGAACAAGGUGGUUCUACCUCAGCAUCAACUGCAGAAGAGCUGGCUGAAUUAAAAAAGAUCUCACGUGAGGAGCUCCUCUAUCGCCACAAAGCAGAGAAGCUGGCUGAAGAGCUCCAAGAGCAACGCAAUAGACGUCAUGGCUAUGUCCCUUCUGCUUCGCCGUCUUUAGUGUACAAUAAGGAUAGAUUUGGUGGAUUGCUCGAUGAGUACAGUAAUCGCCCAAGUCCUUCACCGCUUCAUCCUACAGCAGUUCGAACAGCGACUGCCAUUUUCAAAUUUGACGCCAAAUCUUCCAGAGAACUCUCCCUAAAUCGUGGCGAUAUCAUUCGACUGAGAAGAGAAGUCGAUGACAAUUGGCUUGAAGGAGAACGAAAUGGUCAAGUUGGAAUCUUCCCCCGUAGCUAUGUGCAGAUGGAUGACGAAUACGAUCGAUCACGAUUCAAAAUGAGAGCCGUAUACCCGUUCACGGCUAGGAAUUCCAAUGAACUCAGCUUGAAAAUGGGUGAAUUAGUCACAUUUCGUCGAGAAAUCGAUGAAAAUUGGAUCGAAGGAACAAAUUAUCUUGGAGAAAUUGGCAUUUUCCCUAGUGCAUACGUUAGACAAUUAGAUGACAAUAGGCAAAUGGAAAAUGCCAUAACAUCUCCAGAUCGACCAAAAACACCGAAAAUACUCGAAAAAGCGGAACCAUAUGGCGUGUUGAAAUCAAAUUCUUGUGGUGCUCUGAAUCAAUCCACCUCCACAUCCUAUCCACAGACCUCGAAUCACAUAGACGAGCGACUGUUACCAAAUGCUAGCAGCGAAAAGGCAUUAUCGGACGAGCACUCCAGGACGAGCAGACAAACACGAGACACUCGACCGGAGGGUUUCUUGUGUACAGCCGAUAAAAUACCACGAGGAAGCCAAACCUAUCGAGCCCUCUAUCGAUAUGUUCCUACAAAAGAUGAUGAAGUAGCUUUGGAAAUUGACGAUAUUGUUUUUGUUGUCGAAAAAUGCGAUGAUGGCUGGUACAUUGGAACGGUGUUACGAACAGGACAGUUUGGCACGUUUCCAGGAAACUACGUCGUAAGGCAUUAGAACUACAGCGAUACGAUUUUUGUACUCAAAGCACAAAUAAAUC